CGCCGCGCCCCGCAUAGAGCCCCGAUCAUCGGGCGAGCGAGGCCUCUCGACUCCAACUCGACCUCAAAAAGCAUCCAGGGGGCUCCAACGUCAGAGAUGAAGCUGGCCAUCCUGCUGGUCGGGCUCGCCCUGGUCCAGCUCUGCGCCUCCAUACCACUGCCAGGCGCCGGUGACAAAGGAAAAGAUGCACAAGCAGAGGCGUUGGAAAUUUUGACCGGUGAGCCGGGUCCCAAGAACCAGCGGCGAAAGCGAGAGGCUCUGCCCAGCUCCACGGACGAUAUUCUGGGGGUGGACCCCCUGGGCUCCUGCAUGCCACCAGAUGAAAACCAAGAAAAACCCAGUGACAAAUACAAGCCCGAUGCCCCGCCGCCGCCGCCGCCGAAGGAGACGUGCGGUCCUGUCGAAGAGGACAGGUAAAACAGGUCACUCCUGCUAAAGGUGUGUCAUCAUGAAAACAAGAAGGUGGGAGAGGGAAAAAUAACAAAGAGAGUAAUGGUUGUUGAAUCCUGCACAUUGUUUGGCUCGAGUGGCGUGUGACAUAGCGACGAAUAUUGAGCGUUGGUAAAUGACGGUAUGGUCCACGGAAAAGUGAUAGGUACUGCAUGAGAGUAGUUUGAAUGUUAUGUGGUGACUGGAGCGGUAUUCUAUUGAUGCCUGAGUGUAAAAACUAAGAAAGUUCGUUGUGCGUUACGAAUACCUGCGAAAAUAAACAUAACAGAAAUACG